AAUAAAAAUAAACAUCGACAACUAUCUUUUAGGUGGAACGCCAUGUCGUAUAACUUCCCAACGAUAGCAUAUCAGCGUUGAACAAUAACGACACCUAAUUCCGUCGAAUAGUACACCAUUGAACUUCGACUCUGAACUCUCUUAGUCAAUCUGCCACAUAUCUGCAACUGUGUUAGUGUGUCAGGGAGACUGGUUAAGCUGUAAAGCAAGCAACCCAGGCAUUUGAUCAAACACAUCGCAACAUCAGCUUUCUUCUUCCUCCUCUUCUCCUUCCGGUAUCUCUCUCUCUUUCCUUUCUUGGCACCACAAUGGACGCUAAUCAAGCCAUAACCACCACAGCCACGCCCACGGCUCCAGGGAGUGGCGAGGGGGAUGUCCCUUAUAUGCCGAUUCAAGUCCAAAUACAAGAACAAGGACCGCUUCAACGGCGUCAUUUAAAGGGGGUCGACAGGCACUCCAAAGUCGACGGUCGUCAUAGGCGGGUCCGACUACCCGCCACGUGUUGCCCUGGUAUCUUUCGACUGACCCGAGAGCUGGGUCACCGCUCUGAUGGGGAGACCAUCCAAUGGCUCCUCGCCCAGGUCCGACCCGACCUUGUUCUCCCUCCAAGACCUUACUCCAAGACUCGAAUAUCAAAAUCGAAUCAUUCCGUUGAUGCCGUCAAUAGGCUCAACGACAUGGCCGUCCCGAGGCCGGUGGUGAGGGUUACUGUCGUUCAGGCUUCCACAGUGUUCUACGACACCCCAGCAACGCUAGCAGAUAAAGCAGAAAGGCUUGUUGCCAGUUCUGCUGCAUACGGAUCACAAUUAGUUGUAUUUCCUGAAGCCUUUGUUGGAGGUUAUCCACAUAGCGUGAUGUUUAAUGCUAUGAAAGAAAGCCAUUUGAAGGAUAACAAUGAGUAUCAAAAGUAUUAUGCCUCAGCUAUUAAUGUGCCUGGUCCCGAAGCUGACCAGCUUGCAAACAUUGCUGAGAAAUAUCGGGUUCACUUAGUAAUAGGUGUAGUAGAGAGAGUUGAUUUGCUUCUCUUUAGCACAGUUCUGUUUUUUGAUGCCUUGGGCCAAUUUCUUGGCAAAUGUCGCAAGUUACUGCCAUUGUCAUCAGAAUCUGCUAUAUGGUGUGGUGGAGAGAAAUCUUCACUGCCAGUAUAUGAAACUGCUAUUGGAAAAAUAGGUGGACUUAUAUGUUGGGACAACAGAAUGCCACAUUUAAGAACUGAAUUGUAUGCCAAAGGUAUCGAAAUAUAUUGUGCACCAACAGCGGAAGCAAGAGAGGUAUGGCGAGCAUCAAUGACACAUAUUGCCUUGGAAGGUGGCUGCUUUGUUUUAUCUGCAAAUCAAUUUUUCACAAGGAAAGACUAUCCACUGCCACCAGAAGAGUAUGCAUCUGGAGACUCAAAUGGUGAUGCAUCAUUAGAUACCGUCCUCUGUUCCGGGGGUAGCCUUAUAGUGUCUCCAUCAGGAACCAUUUUGGCAGGACCAAAUUACCAAGGGGAAUCCCUGAUCUCAGCUGAUCUAGAUCUUAGUGAGAUUGCUCGAUCGAAAUUAGAAUUCAGCGGAGGGGAACACACUGCUAGACCAAACAAUGGUAAUAUUACAAAGAGAGAUGAUGAAGAUUUGUUUCUCUGUCCUGUGAAAAUGGAAGUUGGUGAUGAGCUGUAGUAAAAUCAACUGAGUAGAUGGUGGCUAUCGGAAGCCAUAUUGUAGAAUCUUUCAGCUAACUUAGUGCCUAGUGUAUAAUGAAAGACACUCGUUAUGAUUUUUUUUUUAGGUGUAACUUAUAGGGUUGUUGAUGGUUUUCCCCCCAAGGCUUCUGCCCAUGAUUUCCUAUAUAUAUUGUCUGGGGCGACAAACAUUAAGCCCGCUGGAUAGUCUGCAUUUUGUGUGUGCAAUCAGUAGGUUAGGAGGUUACAUUGUCAUGAUCAGAUGUGACUUGGAAUUACUAUGUUUGAGUUUCAACUCCA